UCUCUUCCGCCUACUCCCCCACCUCCCUCCUCCAAUCGCUUCAUAGCAAGCGCAAAAAACAUUGGCUUCGAGGGAGACAGCCCUUGUGAUUUAUUACUUUUUCUCUGGUAUUCGAUUUCGUUUUCUCUCUCUCUCUCUCUCUCUCUGCUCUAGAGAGUGAAAGAGUGUACAUAUAUUGGGGAGAUUUGAUUGAAUUGCUCAGUCAAGAAUUAUUUUUCGGGAUGAUGAAUUGGCACGUGCUCUGUAUAAUCGAAAUACUUGUGAGAUGAAUUGUUUUAUUGCAGACCGAUCAAUCGAACUUUUGAUCGUGAGUCAUGUUGUAAAGCCAGGCGUUGUAAAUAAUUUUUUUAUUGCACCAUAUUAGUAUAGAUAAGGAGAUGUGCAAUUAAAGUCGAUAAAGUCCACCGCGAAUUCCAGUAUCUUCACGUUCGAGGCAGAUAUGCUUGCGAGAUAGCAUCAUUACCAACAUUUUUCACAGCGUAACAACAUUAAUUAAAACGCCGCACUAUAAGCGAGAUUAUAAUUAAACUCGCCCUUGACCAUCGCCACGCCACAAUCGACGACAUCGCGGAGAUGCAUAUAAUACUACCGCCAAGAACGUCGCGUGGGCGUUUUGAUAAUAAGGACGUCAGGCGGAUAAAGUGUUCUAUAUAGCGCUAUGGCGCUUCUCUCCUCGCUAUCGGACCGUUUCCGCCUUUGUAAUCGAAGCCCCGCGCAUAGUGUAUACAGCUCGCCCGAGAGGCUUUUCUUUCGCGAAGCACUUUUGUGCAGCCGUUUAUCAAUAUCGGGUAGCUGGUAUAGAAUACAAUGACUGCGCACGUGGUUCGAUUUAAAUGGGAUUUCUUGCGAGCUUUGUUUGAGAUAUUCAUAGUAGAAUGUUUUGUUCGGUAGCGGGUAUGUCCUAUCUCGCGAGUUUUUUCUCCUUUCUUUUGCAGAAUUUAUUUUUACCAAAGAACGAGGUAUUCGCGCUGUAUAGAAAACAGUAGAGAUGGAUAUCUCACUGCGAAUGUUCUAUUGUCUUGGCAUAAUUGAUAAGAUGACAAAGCUUGAUUUUUGCUCGUUUCUCAUCAAGUUCUCUGUCGUAAUUAAGCAAAAAAGGAGACUUUCUUUACAGCGUCGUUCGAUUAUCUCUCUCUAAUCCAGAAAGUGACUUUCCGAAGAAGACGCCGACCUCAAUUUCCAAGUCCCAAACGACAGAACGAGAAAAACUCGUUGCACUUUCCAGCGUUCGUGGGAGAAAAAAACCUUCGCUAUUCGCCAUCGGGAGUCUUACUCUUUCUUUCCGAGACUUUCCCUGUCGCUUGAUCCUCGUCUGAGCGUGUUUAUUGUGUUGCGAUUUUUUGCCCGCUUUAAUGGUCUUCUUUCGCCUGAAAAGCUUUCGAGUAAACAACGCGCGCGAUAGGUGGAAACGCGUCGCUACCGACAUCCUUUCUAUUUUCAUAGAACUUUGUAAGCCGAGCUUGGGAGGCGCGAGAUUUGAAAAGUUAUUAUUCGUUUCACUUUUUUUAUUAACAAUCAGAGAAAAACUUAACGUUUCAAACGUUCGUUCACUCAUUGCAUCACUACGCUUACUUCUACGUCUCUGUAAUAUUUCACAAUCUUACGCAGACGAUAAAUCACGCAAGCAAUCAGCGCCUUACAUACCUCAGAGCUUGCAAGCUCCACCGCCGGGGAAAAAUUUCGCAAUCGAAAAACAACCAAAAACGCAAAUUUCUCCCAAAUUCUUUCAUCCUCUUCCCACUUUACUCUGUUCUAUCCGCCACAUUCCCUCUGUUCCUCUUUUCCUCCUUUCUCACUCUCUCUCUCUCUCUCUCUCUCUCUCUCUCUCUCUCUCUCUCUCUCUCUCUCUCUCUCUCUCUCUCUUUCUCUCUGAAAAUAGCCUCGACUCGCGCACACACAGACACAUACCGCGUCCGCCUUUUCGGGUCUCUCUCGCGCGUUCGCAAUAGUUAGUCUACGAGUCGAGAAGCCGAGAGAAGCUCGCCAGCUACGUGGAACAUCUCGCGCGAUAGAUCGCGAUCGUUAAAAAGAGAGAAAGAGACAGAAAGAGAGACGAGAGAUACAGGGCGCGUCCGCUUGGUAUGACGACGCUUCGAGUGCUUCGAUCUCUCGAGCUGCGAAAAAGUGACGUACCGAAAGACGAGCAAACAGAGGAGUCAAGGUUUCGUCUUUUAUAGCAGUGCAGGACUUUCGGGGACGUGUUUUUGUUGCUCCUCGAAUAAUGACGCGACUAUAGUACUGGCCGCACGCGAGACUGAAAGCCGUGUCAUUUUCUUUUAUCGAUGUUUAAGUAGUGAGUUGUGAAGCUAGAAAUACUCCGCCGAUCGACGAAAUCGGCAGACAGCGAUAAUCGAAUGCUAUUCAGCAAACGCAAGAAACUAGAAGCACAGCAGUAGUGAAAAUAGCUCAUCCACUCUUUCUCUCCAUCGUUCGCGUGUCGUGGGUGGAGAAGGCUUGAAUUACCGAAAGAUUCAACAAACUCUUACGGCUCGUUUAAUCCCCGCAGCGAAACGGAGCGCGAAAAGCCAACGCACAGAGAUACAGACACAGACAAAUACACACUUGUACAGAUGAGCAUACCUGCUACAGUCAUCGGCUGGUGUGGGCUGGCCCGAAACUCGGCCGAUUAUGAAAAAGCAGCAGCAACAGCAGCAGCAGCUCCGCAACUUCCAGGUAUUCUGGGGCGACGGCGCUCCAAAUUUACGUCGCGCUAAUUAUACACCACCGGCAACGACGACGAGCAAGACGACGAGAGCGCGACUCGAGUUCUCGGCGUGUUGUGUCGGUUUGUUGCUCCGUAAGUUGCGAAGUGGCCACUUUGCUCCGCGAUCGUCGUCCAACUGCUGAUAGAGGCUUUAAGAGAGUUUUUGCUGCGCUGAUUGUACGAGAGGUACAAAAGCGUGUACCGAGUGUGAUUCUCACUUGAUCGGAGCCAAGAGGAGUCGUGUUGCUGUUUAAUUCGAGAAGAUUUCGAGGAAAUUAAGCGAUCCGAUCACGAAGGUGCUUAAUUGAGACGCUACCGUUGCUGGAUCUGGGAUCCGGCCGUCUGCUUGGCUAAUUUUGUAUAGUUGAAGGAGAGGUGCGCAUUUAUCCCCGGAAAACCGAGUGAUCUUAGUGCUGAUAGUUUGUAGAAGAUUUUCAUUUACUUUGUUGCUGACUGAAGUUCUCGGAUUUCACUUACUACAGAGUAGUAAGCUCAGAGAUUCGACGAUUUAUCCAAAGUGCGAAGGAGCUACAUUGAGUCGUAAAGUGAAGUAACCGCAAAGUAGGACACGCAUCUUCACCGUCUGACCCGAUUUCGCGACUUCUUCUCUGUCUCUAUUAGUGCACGUUCAGUGAAUCUCACACAGUAGUCGACAAAUAAGGUACCUAAAGUAAGCAUCCGAUGACGUACACGCCACGAGUCCAGAACUAAGCUCGUCCCGCAUUCCACAACACGAUGGUUCCGCAGCUCGUAAGCAGGAGGUGACGAGCGGCAUGUACGGCCGAGAGAGCAGCAGCGACCCUCCCUCCUCCUCCACUGGCAUCAAUGCUGGCAGAUCAGGCGCCAACGCACCCUGGUCCGUCCGCGCCGAGUUCACGAUACGUCGUGGUGACGAGGACGACGAAAACGUCAUACCUAUCGAGACGAGCAGCCGUAGCGCGACUAUCGCCCCCACGACCGAGUCCACCGGCGUCAGGAUGACCUAUAGCUUCACGCCCAGCCACACGCCACCCUACUGCACCAGUCCUCCCUCGACUAUGGCGCCACCUGCUACCUACGGUUUUCAAAGAGGCAACCUGGUUUUCACCUCUACACCGCCUACCAGGUCGCUCCUACCUGUCAGGUCGAACACCAUACCUAGAACCGCCUACACGCAUCACACCGUUCAACAGCAACAGCGACAGCAGUUUCUCUACCCCAGAGUAAUGACAAACUAUUCCGAUUCGGGCUACACCAGCGAGCAGGUGUCGUCUCAGUCACACACGAGCCUGCCGUCCAGUGACAAACGCUGCAAGAGCACCUGCAGUAUCGUCCUGUCUAGCGCGAGCAGAAUCACCAACCUGAAACCAUACCAACCACCACCACAACCACAGACACAAGUGGCCUAUCCUAGGCCCUGGUCUACUUACUACCAGCGUAACCAGGCACAGCAGCAACCUCAAGCGAGACCAUGCUGCAGGUUCAGUACGGUUCCAGAGGUUUGCGAGGACUGCGCGGAGGCCGCUAGUGGUAUCAGGCCGUUCGCUACGCACUUCUGCACAAGGUUGGCGGACAGGGGGACGGCGACGUUAGGGCAAAUCGGCAAAGUGGCCAGUAUGACAGUGAGCAAGGACGCGGCAUCGCAGACGACUGACAUCGAGGCUCAGAAUUCGCCGGUGGCGCAGCGCAGGAAGGUUCGCAGGAAACCCACAGGCGCCGGGGCUCUCGUCGGUUCUUCUGGAAGGGACGAGCUAAAGAAUAACAAUUUUGGUCGGCUCUCGAGAACGCCAGCCAGCACGAAGAGCCCUACGCCCCCGGCGUCAUCGGAGCCCGUGAUAUCCGACUCAUCCAGUAACACGACCGCAAACACGAGGGACGACAAUAGCGAAAAACGAAAGCGCACCGUGCACAUCGACGUUUACUGCACGGGCACCGACGACGACCCCAACGACGGUACCUCGUCAUCCUCCAGUAGUAAUAGUAGCAGUGAGGACGACGAGAACGACAACGUGACAGAGACAACGGUCUUCGAGGGCACGAACGUGCACAUCACCCACACCCAGGCGAAGAGCAAUGUCCUGCCCAGAGGAUUCCAGGACGAAAAGGCUUUUCUGAAACGCGCCACCGAGAGGAAGUGCGAGAGUUUUAAGUACGCACCUAUGAGGAUGCCGUCGCUUACCAGUUCCAAAGGAUAUGACAGCGACGAUGUCCUCAGCUCGCUCUAUCCAUCGCAGUUCAGUUCUUACAGUAGGUUAAGGGACUUUGAGUCGUCCGUUCCCUGGUCCGCAGCGUCGUCCAGGUCUGGUAUCACGAUGGACGAGUACGACUCCGCCUCGGCGACAUCCUGGAAGGACACAGUAUCCGACAUAGAGUCCCUGAUCAACAGUAAAGCCAGUAUUACGCCCUGUGACAGUUUCGAGUACGCUGACUCUGUAGAUAGAGAGAGGAUUCGAAGAUUGGAAGCGACAUUGACCAAGAAGUUCAGCGGAGGAACGAAGGUGAUCAAGGGAAAGAACUGGCGCUCGCCGCAGAUCGAACGAAAGCAUUUACUGCAAGGGAAGAUGAUGAAGGACUACAUGGAGAAACAUCCACCGGUAGGCUGGUCCUCCGACAGCAGUCUCGGAGGCGGAUCUUCCUCGGAAUCCAACGACGAAGAAGAAGCUGUUGGCUGGAGCUUUGUAUCCAGCGAGGAGAACACGAGCAUAGUCAAGGGCAAGCUGACCUUGCCGGCAGUCAGCGGUGGCACUACUCUCGUUGAGCAGACGACAACGAUGACAACAACGAGUCAGAUUACCUCUGCAGUGACGACAGACCAGGAGACCAGCCAAGCUGAACUGAUCAGGGAAGUGAAGACGACUAUAUUCAGGGACAGGAUAGGCCCGUUUGGCUCGACCAGUCCUUCUGAAACGCCGUCGAAACUCCAAUCGAGGGUUACCUCACCAUUCACCACACCUCAGGGCGAGAAAACGGAUCACAUACUCAAGGCUUCAAUUUUCGGAAGGGUCGUCAGUACUUUUAGGAAACCUGGUCACCAUGUAGGGCCAGCCAAGAAUCCCGCCUGCUCCUGUGAGCAUUGCAGGAGGUACUUUGAGGACGCUGCUAGAGGGCGCUCGCGCUCGCUCGACACCGUCGAGCGAAGAAACGAAUCUAGAGCGCCCAGCGUAACGAAAUAAUACUUUUAGAGAUAAAGAGGUCGUUUGGUGCUUUUUCUGAAACGAAUUUACGAUGGAAAACGAAGGAGACGUUGGGAUUAUUUACGAGCGUCAUGGAACACUGAUAGCAGACUGUUGGACUAUAGAAUUUGUUGCUUAUUAAUUUUUGUAAUAGUACAACCAUUGUUAUAGGUUUAUAUUUCAGAAUUUAUCGUUGAUGAUUAUCAUAACUUUUAUUCUUUAGAAAGGAGUAAAUUAAGUUUAAGACAACGACAUGAAACAUUCUGUAGCGUGUUCAAGAUUAUUUACGAUAGUGCUUAAAUUACUCUGAUGAAAGAGGAGUCACAAGUUCUUUGCGAUAGACUCGAUACGCAUUUCUCUUUAACAUAAUUUUUUAAACCGCAUCUUCAUGUUCCACUACUAAAUAUUUUAAUGACUUCAUCACGAACCGAAUAAAAGACUUACGACUGAAACUGUUUAUGCAUAAAAAGCGACGAAGUUAACUGUAUGCCUUAUUAAAUAAUUAGGUCACAUGUGGUUACGAGAAGUAGCGAUUUUUAUACGACACGAUGUUGACAUGUGAAAUAAUGUUUAUGAGAUUUAUAUUAAAAGAAUAAUAUAUUGAUUUACAUCUUAGCUUUAUACAUCUUGUUAUACGAUAAUACGAUUCCCCCUAUUUAAUAAUAAUUUUUAACGAAACUAGAUCGAUACACUGUACUUAAGUAUAAGAAAUGUACUAAACAUUCUGCUUUGUAAUUGUAAGCAUUUAUAAAUAAUUAUUGUAAUAAAUCAUCCUUGUUUACCUCGAUUAUCAAUUAUUAAUUUAUUCUCUACCUUCCUCAAAUUAUCAUUUCAUUUAAUCUCAGCUCAGCUACAAUACCAGAGAAAAAGUAAAUCCUUUAAAACACACAUAAGCAAUUCUAAUAAAUAAUUUGAAAAAUUA